AUGGCUUUCCAGCAGUCGGCGCGCGCACCCCCGCAGCGGGCAAGGGCCGCUCGUUCCGCCAUCGUCGAGGAUGACGACGUCGCCCUCCAAGUGCGAGCGGCGUCCGAAGAGCGGGUGCAAGAGUCGCAAACCUGGGUCCUCUUCUCCCCUCCGACCGACACGACGACCACCUCGUACCUCACCGAGACGGAACACUCCCUAGACACGCCAGGCCGGUCACGGUUGAGCGAUCUUGGUAGCGUCCAGGAUCCCACAGCAAGAUCGGCGCGGCACGACCGGUCCACCUCCUUCUCCGCCGUCGACGACGGGUCCGUGGAAGACGACGGCGAGCUCGACAGCCUCGACAGCCACCUACCCGAGUUUCGAUCCCACCCGGGCGCCCAAACCUGGUCCGAAUCGGGCCUCCAGCACCCUCUGCCCGUUCUGCCGACCCACGACGGGCUCGGCUCCUUUCGCUUCGAUCAACCCCUCAUGGGAAGGGACGUGCUCGAGCAAAUCUACCAGUUCGAGAGGUUCAAUCCUCGACGGGUUCGUCGGAGGCUCGACAGCUUCGACGGCGGACUUUUCGAUGCCGAGCACGGCCAGAAUCAAGAGGAGGAAAAGCGGCAGCGGAUCGAGGCCUGGCGGCUUGAGCACAGCCGAACACUCAUCGACGAGGUUCAGCGUGAGACGAGACGAAGACGGAAAUCGCAGGCGUCGAUGCACCGAGCCACGCGUUCUCGAGACGCCGAGUCCGACGACAUGACCUGGCACGACGAGGACGCCGUCGAGAGCGGCGACCACCAACCGGACGGCUUUCUGGCCACCAUGACGCGCAAGCUCAUCAAGGACAUGCUUGGUAUUGACGACAGGCUCCUAUCCGUCCUCCUGGGCGAGUCGCUUCUCGCCGAUGACGAUGGCCCCACCACACCCCGAGCGUCACCGACGGAGACGGGCACGGAAGGGGCCGAGGAGGGAUGGCAGUUGGAGAUGCUCAACACGCUGUCGAGGGAGGUGGGCAUGCUCGUCAACCACCUGUCUCAUCAUCCGGGCGCCUUCUCGACCUACGCGCGGAUGCAGCAGAUGGCCAUUCCCUACGCCGGCCUGCCCGUCAUACCCGAGACGGCAGACACGCCACGGACGGCGGCCAUGUCCGAGGCAGGCCGGCGUCCGAGGCAGCCAUCCUUGCCGGCCUUUCAACCAACGAUGCGCCAGCUCCCUCCGACCUUGGUCGUGCCCGACCGGAGAGUCGAGGAGACGACCGAGACGGGCAACGAGGCCGUGGGCAUGGAUGACGUCUUCACCAAGGACGAGUGGGAGCGGAGUCUCGACGUCAAGCUCGUCUUUCGAUACGUCCUGUCGCACUUUGCGCCCCAGCCCAAGACGCAGUCGCCCGGCGCCCACACGAACGCGUCAACGGCGCAGGACGGCACCGCCAAGAUCAGUCGCGUGCGCCAGCACCACCCGCUCAUCGCCCGCUCCCGGGCCGCCGACCGGAGGUCGUUCAAGGCCACGGUGCCGGCGAGUUCGCCGGUGGCCCUGCGCCAUCACAGCAGCUGUGCGAGCCAGAGCACGAGGCGGUCGGCGCGGAGGAGCAGCUGCUCGUCGAGACAUUACUGGGACAUUGGCGGUUCGUUGGGAACCGGAUCGAUGAUCGCCUCUCACGGACCCAUGGGAAGCUGGGGCGAGAUUUGA